UUUUAUUUUGAAAUCCAAUCGCUAGGAAACAACAAACACGGUUUUGUUUGAAUAUUGAAUAGUCCAGUAUAUUUUUCUGGAUACUGGAUGCAGCUGGCCUGAACAUGUGUAGCCCUCCAGUGGAUUUAUCAUUUAAAAAUAUCAGCAGAAUUACAGGGGCGGUUGCGGAGGUUCCUCGCUGUGGCGUACGGCCUUUAACCACAGACUCGAUAGGGAGAUUCCUCAGCCGCUCCUUGCGACUCAGUAACAACCGCAUCAGUGACAUCACUGACCUCCACUACGUGCUCCACCACCUCAUGGCUGACCCAUCCCAGCUGGGGUGGCUGGACCUGUCCUUCAACCACAUCACAUACAUAGACCCAGUUUUGCGUGAGCUGCGCGAACUGCGUGUGCUGUACCUCCACGGCAACAACAUCAUGGAAAUGUCAACGGUGGACAAGCUGGGAGAGCUGCCGCACCUUCACACCAUCACACUACAUGGAAAUGCCAUUGAAAACACACGAGGCUACAGGUGGAGACAUUUACAUCCUUGCACGGAGUCAUGUGAUUUUUGCCCUGCCACAUUUGAAGAACAUGGACUUCAGUGUUGUGACACGUGAGGAGCGGGAGUUGGCAAAUUUUUGGCAUCGCUCCAUGAAGCAGAACCAGAAACACAAAACAGCGUCUCCAGCGCCUGCUACCAGUGCAUUCAAAUAAUUGACCCAUGACCCACCAUGGAAAAUAAACCUGUUCUCUGUCUUGAAAGCUAG